AUGCUCUCUGUGCGCUUCGCACUCGCGGGGACACCAGGGGCGAGCGACCUCGCCGGCGCAGCCGCAGGACCCGCUAGCCGUCAUCCAGGAGACAGGCGCCCAGCCUCGGCGUGUCUUUCCGGACUCUCCAGAGAGACCCAGUGGAGAACAAACAGGACACGCUUCAGCCAUGCGCCUUCGCUCGCCGCGCGAGGAGGGCUCGCGGCCUCGGUCGCUGACAUCGACGACGCGGCGGGAAGUCCCGCCUCGAAGCGUCUGAAACGCGACGGCACCCCGUAUGCGCCGCAGCAUCGUACACCAGGUGUGACGGGGGAGAAGAGCACGGGGUCGCUGUUUCGUUGCUUGUGGAGUGAAACGCGUACUCGUUUUGGUCUGCGCGUGAGGCACCCGGAUCACAGUGACCGAGCGCAGCCGGAAGCCCCACGUGAGGAGGCGGCGACGCGUUCAAAAGGCGGCACUCCGGCCGUUCCGGAGGAAUCGAAUCUCGAUUUAGGAGUGUGGGAUGCUGCGGUCUGCGACGCUGCGCCACGCGACCAACGCGCUGCGGCAGAUGUCCACCACGAUGUCGAAGCCGCGCACUCUUCUGCAGCCUUGCCGUCGCCGCCCAGCGAGAGCGGCGUCAGACCCUCCAGGCCCGCUUUCCUCUCUCCUUCCUGGGCGUCUCUCACGCGCUGGUCAGCCACGCUCUGCGGCUGCCGGCGACGCUCUGCGGCAGCGGCGACCGCGCGCCCUCGGGUACCCACGCGAGGGGGGAGACGCGACGAGAAACCAGCAUCGGCGGCGCCCCCUUUUCGACCGCGCGGUGCUUUUUGUCCGCCGCCAAAGGCGUGUGGGCCCGCGAGCCCCGCAGCAGGCCGCCGACGCGUGGAGGGCGGAUUUCGAGACUCUGCGUCUCCUCGCCGCGAAGGGAGAGAGCUUCAGCUGAGAGGCUUGACCUCAGACGCGCGGUGGAUGUACGCCGUCACGAGCGUCUCCGCUUCACGCCGCUGCCCGGCGGACGCUUCCGCGGAUGAGGAGAACCACAUGGGCGCGAAGGCAGACAACACGCCCGCGCCGCACGUAUGCGAAGAAGCGAAGGAGCCACACCCGCUCCCCAGCAGAGUGAUCAUUCAGCUGCAGGCGUUCCACAGAGGGAACGUGGCGGACUCGAACCCGUCGCGCAUCGUCUGCGACAUCACGUCUUCCCUCCUCGCCGCUGAGGGCGACGCGAACGGCGGGGGACUCCAUACGCGUUCUACAGAAGCAGCCGCGGCUGCAGGUGGUGCGGUCUCUCACAGCGCGCACGCGCGUCUUCUUGUCCGCGACGCGGUGAACGUGCAAGGGGCGCUCCCCGAGUACCUGCAGCUCCUCGUCCUGCUGUCAACGUUCGCCACGGCAGACCGACGCGCGCCGCCCCAGGCGGCCCUGCAUCUGGUGCAGUUGCCCGCCUGCACUGUUCUCCUCACGUUUCCGCUGCCGCCGUCUGCUGCCCGCUCUCGACGCAGCGCGCCCACGUGCGAGAGAGGCGGGAAGAAAAGUUGUUCGCGGAUCGAAGCCUACGCGCAGUACCUUGCAAAGCUGGACGGAAGAGACGAUUCGGCCUCCACCGAACUCGCGGGCGCCUCCGCGAUUCUCGACACAGACACACACGAAAUUCUUCUCGCGAUCGCCACGCGCAGGUCCGGCGUCUUCCUGUUCUCGGCACGUCCCGCCUCUUGGAGAGCUUCGCGGCUCGCGCCGGCCUCCUUCUUCAUCCAGCCGCCCGCGGUCUUCUCCCCGGUGCUUUGUUUGCUCCCGCGGCCGCUCGGCUGCGCAUCGCGCGGUCAACCAAGCGAGAGGAGCGAGAGAGAGACGCCGCUCUGCGACGCUGCGCCUGCGGCGCCUGCACCCCCCUACCGGCUUCUGCAGCGAAACAACAACGGACCGGGUGCGGAGAGGCCUCCGUCCGGACGAUCGUCUUCCACGGAGCCGCGCGAUGGCGGCCGUGAGAGGUUUCAUUGGGGGACGGCGGACAAUUUCUGCGCGCCUUCCACGUCUUCGCAGGCCGAGGACGCUCUGUGGCGCCCGGUGGAAACUUGUGCGCUUCGCUAUCUGCCGGUGCCCAGCUGCUGCGUGCGCGUGACGUCCGUGUCCGCAUGCAGCGGGAACGCCGAGGCGCUCAGACUCCUCUCGUCACUGGAGCAAAGGCUGUCGCACCCCCCAGCGGCAACAGACGUGCAGCGCGGCGGCCGUGAACCGAAACCUGCGCUCGGCGCCUUCUUUGUCGCCGUCUCGCCCGCGCCUCGCACCGCAUGUGGAUGCGCUUGGAGCCCCCUCGUGUUGUACAUACACCCCAGAGUGUGGCGCGUCGCAGCAUCUGGGUCGUCAGCCCGCGGGCCCUCUCCGCCUGCUCUCGCCUCCGCGACAGCGCCGGGUUCGCUAUGCGAGCCCGAGGCGGCAGCUGCCGGUCGCGGUGGAGAAGCGUCCGCCACAGCCAGCCAAACAAUCCGGCGCCGCGACCAAGAUGAGCGAUUCGUCGUCGCGCCGCUCACGAUGCCGGCGACUCGCCUCCCCCCGGGCCUUUUGACGGCCCAGGAUGGCUUGGGAAGUCUCGCCGAACCCUGCUUGGCGGGGCAGUUCGCUUUCGGCGGCGCACGCGCGGCCGGGGAUACCCGACUCCACGAGGCGCUCAGCGCCUUCGGAGACGCGAGAGAGCCUUCCUGCGCCGUAUCUCACAUUCUGCUCGCCCUACCGUACAUCCCAUUCACGUCUUACGCGCCGGCCUCGCUGCCUGUGUCGCUGACUCCGCCGGCGCCUCCAUCAGGGUCGCGGGCGUCUCGGGGCCUUGCCGCCGGCGCCUCGGCGGGCGACGCGCGGGCGCUGGCGGCACUCGCAGAGAGGCACGCCGCCGCGUCGCUCUCCCCGCAGCGCUGCGUCGAGUACGGGCUCUGGCUGGUCGGGCGCUGCGCAGAUGGUGGCCUCGUGGUGCUGCAUGCACUCGCGGCCCGCCGGCUCUCCGCGGCGCCGCCGCAGCCGCAUGCGGGCAUGCACGCCGCGCCUGACCGGGCGUGUGGAUUCUGCCGUCGAAAGACGUUGCGUUUCGGGGUGUACGUACAUCCCGAGCUCCAGCUCGCGAGCGGCUUAGGGAAGUUCUCCUGCGAGCGGUGCCGCGCAGAAGAGCUGGUCUACGUCUCGGGGUCGCGGCCGCCGGCCUGGCAGCGCGUCGGGCAGCCGGGCGCGUCGCUGGUCGCUGCACACGUCUGCGCAACGACCCACGCGCUCUCGCUGGUGUGGCUCACGCGGCCAGCCUGCGCCGAGGCGCUCGCGGCUCUCCAGCGAAAGAUCUCGCGCGACUCGCUCGCGGGCGACCGGAGCCACCCUCCCUCACGCCCACCUAUCCACCCCGCGCGUCCGCCGCCUGCGUUCCGCGCGGCCGUGUUUCCUGUCGCCUCGUUCUACCUCCACAGAGGCUGCCAGCCAGGCGCCUCGAGCGACAGCGACGCGCAGCUGGUGCCUGAGGAAGAGCGGAGUGGAGCGACUCACGCGCAGAGCCGCGCGAGGAACGAAGGCGGAGCCUGGGACUUGGUGGCGAAGACGAGAGCUGAGGCACAGCCAACGCGCGGCGUCGUCGACGGCGUGGACCUGACCGAGCUCCUCGCGCGGCGGACGCCCGUGGCCGUGCGGCCUCUGCAGGCGGACGCAGCCGAGCAGAGCGACGCCGAAGGAGAGGAGCAAGGAGGAACAGAUGGACGCCCAGAUACACGGGACAAGACGCGACGCGGAGGCUCAGGCAGCCCACGGGAGACCAGCCAAGAGACUGGCGAAGAGCAGAACGAGCUGUGGAAGCGGGACUCGGCGUGCGCAGACCAGACGAUCGACGAACUGUACGAGACAGAAACACUUCUCUGGAGCUUUCUGCAGCCCUUAACGCCGGGCGAACUCCGCAUGAAGAAUCGAGUGGGGAGCCAGACGCUGCGGGCCCUGGCGCAGCGAGCCGCGGCCUCAAGCGCACCCGCCUCUCCGUACACUUUGCGGGGGCCUUCUUCGGAUCCACGCGCCGCCGCCGCCUCGCCUGCAGUGGUGCGGAUUCUCAGCUGUACGUACACCCCUCCACAGGACCUCGCGGGGGAGAGAGCGGGCGUCGAGGGGCGCAGACAAUGCAGAUUGGCAGCUUUGCCGGAUCGCCGCGGGUCAGUGAGCGACUUCUGCUUUCCAGACUUCCGUGAAGGCGAGCAGCUGCUGCAAGGGGAGACAACCUUGGACGUGGGCGCGUUGCAUGCGCAGCAAGGCCCUUUUUCUCGUGUGGGCCCCCCCCGUGACUUGGCGAUUCCGGACGACCCUGCGUGGCUUCGCUGUUUUUCCUUCACGUUCGCUCUCCUGGGCGUCUGCGGCAACCCCGCGCAAGACUCUCUAUCGCGGGCCUCGCCGCCUUCUCUCUCGCCUUCUCCCUCCCCCUCUUCCUUCUCCUCUUGCUCCGUGCACUCCUCGUCUCCCGCGUCUUCUCCCACGUCGUCUGCGCGGACUGCUGAGUCGUCCCUCCAGGGCGUUUCGGUUGCACGUACACCGCGUUCACCGCUGGACAACGACCACGCGGCGGAGGCGGGAAGCGGAGACUCGUUGCUGCCAGACUACCACGAGGCUGCGUGGAUGCUCUCAGAUGUCAGCGCCUCUCAAGAAAACUCCAUUAGCACUGGACUCUCUCCCUCGCCGGGCUCCCCCAGCGUGGUCAGCGUCAACUCCGCCUUGGAUGAUGAGGGCGGCGCGACACACGAGGCUGCAGGCGAGCCAGGGGCAGCAGAUGAACGCAAUCUUGUUGCUCCUCUUUCUCUGGAGGUCUGCGGAGGGACGAACGGGCGGCGACGCUGUGCGGUCGCUGAAUCUGAGGAGACGGGAGACGGCCAGCAAAUGCAACGCAGCGACGCAGGAAGAAGCGAACCUGACGUCCUGGUUGGCCUCGUACUUCACAUCGAGGCCGGAGAAGUCGCGGUGCAGAGAGGGCUCCAGAGGCUCGCCUUGGAAAUCUUCACAACGCCUUCCGUUUACUGCCGCCCGCUGCAGUGUCUGGGCCUUCUUCCGGUGUAUGUACACCCCACCCACCGGCUCCUGGCGUUCGACCUCCUCGCGACGAAAGGAGCAAUCGCGCUUUCCUCUCAACGAGGGUGUCCCCGCGCGCUCGACGCACUUCGCGUGGAAUCCUGGCCUCAGAGAUGGUCGGAGGAAAGAUGCGCUGGCGUCGAGCCGCCUCUUUCUUCCACGUUCCAGCAAGCGCCUUCUUGGCGCCCGGUCGCCUCGCCUUCUGCGUCUUCUGACCCGCAGGAUGAAAUCCAGGUGUACAUACACCGCAGCGACCAGAUGCUUCUGCAGGCGCUUCUCCACGCCUACCUCCACAGGGGAGAAGCUGCGGCUAUCCAGCGCAUCCUCCUCGCCUCUGCGGCAGAAGGCAAGCGCCGCCCCGGACAAACGCUCCAGUCUUCCGCGCGGUCGGCGGCCGCCUCGCCCUGGGCAUUCAGCGACGCGUUCGUCCUCCUCGUGGCUUCAUGGGCGUUCGCGGAGCUCGACGCGCUUCUCCCUCUGCGGGAGACGCCGCACGCGUCGUCUUCCUUCUCGCCGGCAUCGCUCUCGAGACCCUCGUUGCCGCUUCUCGCGGGGUUACUCGAGGCUGCGCUGCGGCGCGUCGACGCCGAGGACUUCCAGACGCGCAGCGACGCCGCCGCAGCGGCGUCCCACGCGAACCAAGAUCCGCGGCAGCCGGGAGACCCCGCGGGCGAGGCUGUCGCUCAGCUCGCACCGCAGCUGGAGUCGAUCGCCCGAAAGGCCGUCACGCUGCAGUCGCCGUCGCCGCGGCGGCGAGGCAGCUGCGGCGCGAGGAGGCUGGGGACAGACGCGGAAAGGCGCGCAGAAGACGCGAUAGUCGAGGAAAGGCGCGCCGGGCGAGGAGAGCGAAGCGCCUGGGCUUGGUGGCGGCUCAUGCAAAACGCCAAGCACGCCCUUCUUCUGAAAGGACUGGAGGGGAUCUUGGCGGCCUGCUUGGUUCGCUUGACGGCGAUGGUUCCCUCCUCCUAUCUUCUUCUCUCUUCAACCGACCCCUGUCUUCUCGCGCCUCCAACGCCAGCCUCCGGGUGCUCGGUGCCUCCUUCUGGCUCUGCGUCUGCGGCCUCCUCGUCCUUCGCGACGCCGUUGGCGUCUCGCUUGACUUCUCCCUCUUCUGUGUCCUCGAUCUCGUCAUCUGCAAGCGCCAAUUUUCCUCCGCGCACCGGCAAAGGCCUCCGUGGCGAGCCUCGCGAUCUUGCAGCCGCGACGCGCGGCGUCGCCCCUGUCGUGUCGCUCCCCUGCCUCGCAGACUUCCUCCGCCGCACCGUCUCGUCUCUUUCUUUGCUCCGCACGGCCUUCUUCUGGCGCGACAUGAGCCUUCGCUGUAUGUACACCCCGGCCAAGGACGUGCGCGGCGACCCGCGCCGAUUGGUGGCUUCCUUCUCGCCGUUGUCUCCACGCAGUCUCUUUGCGUCUUCGUGUACGCGCGCAAGGGAGCCAAAGCGAAAGAGGGACGAGCGCGAGACAUCCGAGGAAGGUGGAAAAGAAGGAAAAAACCGACAGGCGCCCUCUCAGCGCACUCCUCGCUCUUGCGAACGGAACGAGGAGACCGGGCCCUCGAAACACACCUCUAUGCGCAGGGUCGACGAAAAGGAAAAAAGGGGCGCGGACGCACUUCGCCAGGAAGCCGCAGCGAGCCAGCGCGGCGAUGAAUCGAUGCGUCCUACUCGCAAAGAAAGCCCCAUCCCUGCGGCGCGAGAGGGAGAGGAGAACGCAGACGACGUCGAAUCGAACUUCUCUGCGUCUUCUCUCUCUCUGAAUCGUGCGGCUUGCCUCGCGGACGAAACGCGCCUCGUCGCUCUGCAUGAGGCUCUCAUCCGCGCCGGCGACGGGGAGACACUUUCGCUGCCGGCCUUCCUGCGGCCUCUGCAGCUUCUGGCGUGUCGUCCGCGACACGACGGGCUCUAUCGGCUCGAAGGAGACGACGCAACGUGGAUCGGCGCGCGAGACAACCGACAGGAAGGGACGAUGCCCGCAGAAGCACGCGGAGGCGCGCGAUCUGUGUCUCUUGUUCCAAGUCUCUCGCCUGUCUCUGCGUCUUGUGCGGCAGCCGUCGAGCAUGCCGCGACGGAGCUGAUUCCGAGUGAAAGCGGAGGCAAAGGGCGAACAGGAAGGGAGCUGGCUUGCGCCUGCGGGUUGUGCGGCGCAGCGGCCUCGCGGUUUCUCUUCUCGUCUCUGGCUCUCUGCAAGGCGCAGGCGAUCGAAAACACCCCGCCUGUCUCCUUCGUGGACUUUGGACACUGCAGCGCGGCAGCCGACGACGGCCUCAAUGGCGCGAAUCCCGCGAAGCGCCGCUCCCUACGAGGGACGUACGCGCGGGCGUCGUCUGUCGCUGGGUUCCCCCGUCUUUCUUCUUCGUUUUCGCUGUUGUCUCAGGAUGUGACUCACUUCCUACGGAGCUUGAGUGGGAGCCUGCAGUUCGCCGAUGCACUUUGGUGCUUGGCCUCGGCUGAAGGCGCGCGAGAAGGCGAUGACGAGGGCGAAUGGAAGGACGCGACACACGCGGCGAGAGAGGCGCAGAGACUCCUCCUUCCUGCGACGCUGCAGCUGAUCGGCGCGAUCCCCCGAGGCGGCCUCUUCGAGGGCGCGAGAGACCGAGACGCAAGCCACGACGACAGCGAAGACGAGCGCGCCGCGAGCGGACUCUUUGAGAUCCUCGCGCUGAUAUGCAACUCGCUCGUGUACCUGCAGCAGGCCAUCGACCUCUACAGCUGGAUGCGCAGAGCUGUGGUGUCGCGGCGCGCGUUCGUUUCUUUCGUUCUGCCGCCCUCGCCUCCCUCGCUGGUGCCUUUCCUCCUCUCGUACCUGCUCCUUCUCGCCAGCGAAGCUUCGCAGCUGCUGCAUGCGGUAGCGCGUUCGCCCCUCGAUUCUCACUCCUGCGACUCAACGCGGCGCGCCUCUUGCGUGUCUCUUUUGGCCAAGGACGAAGGACGCGAGGCUCAUCUUUUUCUGCUUAGCGCCGAGACCGGGAGGGCGGGCGACUGCGUGCGGGCGACGAGCGAGAGAGCCGUUCGCGUGCUGUUGGCGGAAUCGAGGGCGCGGCGAUUGGUUCGCUGCAGCGUGCUGUCUGAUUUGCUUGCGGCGAUCCCCCUGCUACUCUCGUCUCCGCUCGCGCGCCCCUCGAGAGCUCCACGCAGGGAGUGCGGCCUUUCUUCUUCUCUCUGGCGCGCGCUGAGGCAGAGUCCGCUUCCAUCUUCCUCCGCGCUUUGUCCUCGCGUCGCGCCUCCUCGACGGCGAAGCGAGGGAGGCCCGGGCGCCGCCGAGCGGGCGGAGGUCGGGGGGAGCUUAGCCAGUCGUAUGCUCACGCGCGGCGACCUCGUGGCGCAUGCGCAUCUUGUCUCGCGACUUAAAUGCAAAGUGCUUGAUGCCGGAAGAUGCGGAGGCAGCGGCGGGGAUCUCGGCAUACCGCUGGGCCUCUCUGUCGAGCAGAGCGGGGUUCAAAGAGGAAUCUUUCCAAACGCCUUUUCCGCAAUCUGCCAACUAGCGUCGCUAUUUCUCUCCUUCUCGCAAAAAGCAGAAGCCGGAGCCUCUUCUCGUUCUCAGCCGCCGGCGUCUCCGCGGGCCUGUUCUCUCCCCCGCGACGAGCUUGCAUGGCACGUUCAGCGCCUUGUCGCGGAUCUCAGAAGCGUCCUCGAAGCGUGCCUCGCCCCGACUUGGCAGGAAGCAACUCUCCGCUUCGUGUCUCCUUCAGGAUCAUUCCUUCAGCCCUACGAGCCCGCUGUCCCCGCGGCGCCUGUCUGCGUCCCCUGGUGCUUCUCGCCGGCGCCCGUGCGCGUCGCGCCUCUCGAGAUGCCGCGGGGCGACUGUCUCCGCGCCCUCAACUUUGACAGAAGUCCUUUUGCUCCACCGAAGCCGCUGGCCAUGCCUGUAGCGUGCGCGCUCUCGCAGAAACUGAGCAGCUUCACGGCGUCCCUUUCGCUUCUUCUCUCGCUGCUGUUGUCGCCCUCGAGCGCGCCCGCGCGCUUCGCGAGCGUCGCCUCCGCGUUCCCCCUUCCCUCCAGCGCGGCGUCGCUUUUUCGCUCGUAUGAGCAAGCCUCGGCGACUCGAGGCGCAGAAGAGCUGCGUGCGAGCUGGUGGCGUGAAACGCUGCGCUCCCUCCUCCUCGGGUGUCUGUGCACAGGGGCCUUUCCCCUUCUGAUCACUCACCUAGCGAACGGCCGGCGCGACGCCCUUCCGCUCGCGCUGCUUUUCGCGGCACUGUUGGACGUGGUAGAGCGCGGCUGGAUGUCUGCGCAGCACGCGACGAAGCAACAGAGGAGAGGAGACGAGCCCCAUGGGCAGUUGCGGGCGCCUGGGGAACCGCCCUGCGCCUCCGCGGGAGGAACGUCAUCACGCGAGCGGACGCGCCGCGCAGCCACACAGCCGCUUGACUCAGUCUUCUCUCCCGAGUCUCUUUCUCCUUCUGCGCCGUCUUCUUCUUCUUCGUCUAUUUCUUCUCCUGUUUCUUCUUCGUUUGCUUGCUCAUCUUUGGAACGUUGUGAAGAGACGGGGAUCUUUUUCUCGGCUGCGCAUGCGCUUCUCCAGCUGCUGCUGCGCUGCAGCGAAGUCGCAGAGCGCGACGAGGCGCGGAAUCUUCGCGCAGUUUGCCUCGCCUCUCCGAUCGCGGCUCUCCUCACUGGCGCCAGCGGCCUCAGAGAGGAAGUCGCGCAGGGGUCGCGAAACCCGCGACCCGAAAAUAGCUUCUUCAUAGACGCUGCGGCAAGCCUCAUGCACAACAUCCGGCGCGCGAAGCUGCUGCGCGACGAGGAGUCUGGUCUUACAUCCACGACUCGCGCGACACCGCCUCAAGCAGCUCCGCAUCGAGAUGCAGUCGGAGCCGAACAGGGCUGUCGGCUGCUGCGGACAUCCGCUGCGUGUGCGCCGCCGACCCAGCAGAGUCUGCAGGCGAUUUCUCUAGCAGUUCCUGUCUGGCAUGGCGUGGCUUGGGUUCCUCAAUCUUGCGGCGCGAAGGGUGCUCACUACGACGUUGACGCGGACUGA